AUGUGGAUCCGACAUGAAGACUGUGCAGACAUUAUCCACGAGCAAUGGAGUGAGCAAACGGAAACCGAUCCGAUCGAAGAUUUGUUGACCAAAACGGAGAGCUGUAGAGCAGCGCUUAUGCGGUGGAGCUUGUGGAUGAGGGAAGGAGACCCGAACACGAGCUUUUUCCAUGCGAAGGCCAUAAUUAGGAAACGGACGAACUGGGUUUACAAGCUCAAAGAUGACUCGGGAGAAUGGAAAGAAAACAAAGCCGAUAUUGAGCAGGUGAUUGCAAAGUAUUUCUCAUCGAUUUUUCAUUCAACCCAUCCACCAGAGAGUGUGAUUGAGAGAGUGCUGCAGAACAUCGAGCCAAGGGUAUCCAAUGAGGGUAGCCAGUUACUUUCUCUACCUUUUAGAGCGGACGAGGUUAAAACUCCGGAAAAAAUCUCCGAGUACAAGCCGAUAAGUUUGUGUAACGUUAUAUACAAAUUUGGGUCGAAAACCAUUGCUAAUCGUAUUAAACCCUUUCUGCAGAAUAUUGUCUCCCCCACCCAAUUAGCCUUUGUGCCCAAGCGCCUUAUCACUGAUAAUGUUCUUGUCGCGUAUGAAGGGGACCCACUCUCCCCAUACCUCUUCAUUUUGUGCACGGAGGCUCUCCUAGCAAUGAUUCGCCAGGCUCAAAUUGACGGAUCUCUCCAAGGAAUCAAAAUAGCUCCCACUGCGCCAAGUGUUUCGUGCCUCUUCUUUGCGGACGACACCAUCGUGUUCUGUCAGGCAACACCGAAGAGCGCUAUGACCCUACACCGGAUACUACAAGAUUAUGCACUUGCUUCGGGCCAAGUUGUUAAUCUUGAAAAAUCCACAAUGAAUUUUUGCCCCAUGACACCACAAGAGACGCAACACUUGAUUCAAUCCACCUUGGGUUUUCAAAUAGUAGCGAGGCAUGAAAAAUAUCUCGGUAUGCCGUUUUCUAUGGGGAAAUCAAAGCAGGCCAUUUUUGGGUUCCUAAGGGAUCGGAUUCUCGCUCGCAUAGAGGGAUGGGGUGAAAAACCAUUAUCGAAAGCAGGAAAGGAAUUCCUCAUCAAAGCGGUUCUCCAAUCUAUUCCCUCGUAUCUCAUGAGUUUUUUUAGUCUCCUAGUGGGUCUUAUCUAUCAUUUGGAGAAGGCGAUUCAAAGGUUUUGGUGGAGUAACGGAAAAUCUCGUUCGAUGUCUUGGGCACCGUGGGUCAAGAUGUGUGCUCCCAAAGAAAGCGGGGGCAUGGGGUUUCGGCACCUUCGUUCGUUCAACCUUGCAAUGCUGGCUAAACAAGUAUGGAGGAUAGUUACAAAUCCGGAGCUAUUGUUGUCCAGGCUGCUUCGUGCAAAGUACUUCCCGUCGGGCAACUUCUGGUCAACACCAAUGGGGCUCCGCCCGUCGGUCACUUGGCGGAGCCUCCUCCUUGCUCGCCUCCACGUCAAAGAUGGCCUACGGUUUUGUAUUGGUAACGGUGAGCACACCUCCAUCUGGGGUGAUCCAUGGAUUAAAGAGGAUGGUAACUUCUGUAUAAUAACACGCAUGCCGAUAUACAACGCUUUCCCGGACAAAGUGGAAGAUCUAAUUAUGCCCGACUCUCGUACAUGGAAUUUGGAGCUCAUCGACGAGACGUUUUGGCCAAUCGACCGCCACAAAAUACUCACGACCCCCAUUGGUAGUACCCACGCAAAUGACCGGCUGGUGUGGUGUAGGAUUAAACCCGAAACAACCGUUCAUGCUUUGGUCCAGUGUAGGAGCUUAACUGAGGUUUGGUUGGGCCAACCGUUCGAACUCAACGGGGCAAUCGAGUCGGCUUCCUUCCGCCAAUGGAUUGAGCAAAUAAGGAAAAAGCUAUCGAAAGAUCUUUUCUGCCUAGCAAUGAUUCACUGCUGGAAAUCUUGGGAUUCAAGGAAUCGCGAGGCUCAUGGAGAGGUGGGAUUAAGAUGUUGGGAGUUGUGUAGUUGGAGCGAAAACUACCUUUCAGUUUUCAGAGCUGCAUGCCAUGUCCCGCCUACGCCCAAAGAUCCCGUCCCACGACGAAAUUGGAGCCCACCACCGGACGGUUUCAUCAAGGUAAAUUUUGAUGCCGCUCUACCGCCAUCCCAAUCUUUCUACAGAGUUAGUAUGGUGGCCCGAAAUUCAGAGAAGGUUGUAGUUUGGUGGUGCGUUAAAAAAUUCACAAAAACUGUCCAUGCGGUAGAAGGAGAAGCCCACGCAGCCCUCAAAGCGAUCCAAAUGGCGAAGGCUAAAUGUUGGAACUCGAUUAUCCUCGAAGGGGAUUGUCAGCAACUCAUUACGGCUCUUAGGGAUGAAGACGCCAGUUUAUGCCCGUUUGGAGCAUAUCUAGAGGACAUUCAGGCUCUUAUUUCAUCGUUCAUUUCGUGUCAAUUUUCUAUUAUUCCUCGCACUUGUAAUAAUUUAGCUCAUGCAUUAGCAAACAUUAUUGAGCUCGCAACUCGCAGGGUCAGUUCCUUCCUAUAA